AAGAAGAAUUUAUUAAAAUGGAAGCAAUGAUGUUUGGUAGUUUAGCUGGCUCAACAAAUCCAAAUAAUGUAAGAAUUCCGCAAGCAACAAUGGAUGUUUUGGAGAGGAAUGAACAUCCAGAAGAUACAUUACAUAUCGCCGAGG